UUCAUGUCAUUGUUUACAUCAAACUCUUGUCAGGUUAUUUUAUGUUUAAUAUAGUUAAAAAACGUUAGAAUCACAAGAUGAUGACAGAUAUAGAGGAGGCAGAAGUGAUAAAAAUUCAGCCACAAAUUGAACAGCAUGAGAGCGAUGAAAUUAAAGUGGACUUUUCAGAAGCUGCUAAGAAGUUAGCUCAAGGUCUAUUAAAUAUUUAUCAAUUGCCGUUGGAACAAGUUCAGAAAGAACUUACUGAAGUCACGAAUAAACAAGAAACUUUACUCAGUCAAAUGCAAACUGAGAAUAAAAAACUUCAAGAAACUUUUGAUGAUGUUAAAUUGAAUGAAAUGUUUCAAACUAUUAAACUUUAUCAAGGGAAGUUAACUUUAAUGAAAAAAGAAAUGGCUUCUGUUCAUGAGAGGACAUGUAAAUUGAAAUAUGGUGUUAUUUUUCUUACAGAAACGAGCAUUGAGGUUGCAACAAAUAAAACAGAAAGAGGCCUUGAGUAGAGAACACCAACGAGAACAAGAAGUUCGUCGUGAACAAGAAUUAAUUGGUAAGCCUACGAUAAGCUAAGAAAAACAUCGUGUAAUCAGAACGAUCAAUAUCAUCAAUGAUAUUUAGCUGUACAGAGAGACAAUGUAAUUUAUAUGUUCACUUACAGUAAAAUUUACAUCUAAACUCAGUCAACUGAACAUAGCAUCUUAUGUAUUGUAUGUUAUCAAACUAACUGUUACCAAACAAUUUCCCAGUGUCCAUUAGAGUUACAUCCUUUACCCUCUUUACAUAAAUGAUUAAAUGUUGUUUCAGUAGGAAAACCAAUUAUCUCCCUAUCUUCUUGUAUCCUAAAUGUAAAUGUUGAUUCAUAUGUUCCUAUAAAGUAUCUACAAAAAGGUGUAAAUAGUACAUUGAUUUUAUCUAUAAUAAAAAAGUAAGAUAUUGUUAUUAAUUGUUACCUAGCAUAAGAACAUAUUAUUUGAUCAAUAAUUGCAACUCCACCAUCCUUAAAUUUAUUUAGUACAUAAUCCGAUGGAAUAAAUUUUAAAACCGUGUAAUCAGAUAAAUAUCCUUCAAGUUCUUUAAAUUCUGCAAAGAUUAAUUCAAUGAGUACAUUUACUGAAAUUUUCUACAUAAAAAUUUACCUUGUUGUGUAGCAUCUGUAGCAACAAACAGAUGGUUUAAUCCUAGUUUGUUUAUCUUUGUUUUCAAUUGCAUAGCAGCAGAUUUUAUUGUUGGUACCGUUGAAGAACGACCAACUAGAAAGUCGCGUCUUCUCAAAUGAACUGAUAAAUAUGGUCCUCCAAUUGCAUUUCUUCUACUCUAGAAUUAAAAAAUUCCAUCUGAAGAUUUUUAUUUUCCAACACUUCUAACUAAAUACCUUUUCCUUAGUCCAGUCACUUGGUAGUUCUGUGUUAUCAUAUUCAUUUGUUGAAUUAAAGAAAGUUUUUCUAUAUUCAUUUGCAAUAUUAUAUAACUCAGAAUUAUAUCUCAUACUUCUUCUAGCUCUCCAAUAUUCCUUUGUACCAUAGAAAUCAUGCAAUGCAAUUUCCAUGUGAUCAAACAUUACAGACCUGUAAGAAUAAUUAUAUUAAUGAAUUAUAUAAAACAUUGUACAUAAAAUAAUGAAUAACAUCAGAAACAUAAUGUACCUUCUCACCUAUAAAUAUUAGGCUUAAUAUUUUGCUUAAGAUUUGAUACCAUACCAUGAAACUUAAUACAUUCAACAGCUUUGGAAGUUAUAUUAUUAUAGCCCCAAAAAUAUCCAUUAUAUUCAUUGGAUAUUAAUUUAUGAUACCAUAAAGAUUCAUCAGUACAUUCUACUAUUUCAUUUUUGUCUUCAAAUUUUCCUGUUUUGAACAUAUCUUCAUCAUUUUGUAGAAUAUAUGUAACAUCAAGAUGUGUUAUCUUAUUUUCUGAGGGAUACUCUAAAAAUAUAAACUUCUAUUAAUUUUAUCAGUAAAAAUGAAUGGAUAAAAUCUUAUACCUUGUAAAAAUUGGUACAUUUCAAUAACUGGUAUGUAUCUUUGUAAACUAACAAUAUCAAAAAAUAAGCUCCAGGGCAAUUGUGUUUGAAUUCCUAUAUGUUUACUUCGCCAAUGAUAUAAAUUACCUAUAAACAAAAGAAUAUUAUCUAUAAUAAAUAAUAAUAUACAUUAAAAAACUACUAAUAAAUUACAAUCUCACCCCAUGGUGGUAAAACUAAUUGCCACUUAAAUUCUUUCUCUUGCCUAAGUAAAUUUUUUAUGAAAACUGCAAUGCGAAUAUAAACAUCUCUUCUUAGAUUGAAUCCUUCUGGGGGAUUAACGUCAUAAAGGAUGUAACUGAAAAACAAUAUUAUAUGUUAUUAUUUAUAAAAAUAUCUUUAAUUUUAUGCAUUAAGAAAAAAAGUUUAAAAUAAUUUCGAACCGAUUUUUUGAAUAGUGUGAUUGAAUGUUACAUUUAUUAUCAGUCUCUCCAUAUUCGUUAGCUUUAUCACAAAAUCCAUUUUCAAGGGUACUUAAUGUGAAAUUAAUAAAACAUAAUAUAAGAUAUAACUCCUUGAAGGACAUGAAAUUUAACAUUUUUAGGUUAUAUAUCACACCUGUUCCAGAGAGGGAAUAUCUCAGAUUUCAGAUGAUGAUAUUAAAUAAUGUAGAAACUGUUUUGUAUAACAUUUUACACUUAUAUAAAUCUGUUGGAAAAAUAUAUGUAUGACAAA